AUGGCCAAAGAUGUCCCAAGCCCUGUCGAAAGCCGGACCCUGCAAAGGCUCAACCGUCCCGGCAUCCCAUUAAACCGGAAUGAACUCUGGAAGAAGUGUGCGACAGCGGGGGAAUGUGGGAACGGAAUUGGUGGCCGGUGCAUCACGAACCAGCUGCUGGUCUGCAAUGGCGGGUCGGACCAGAUCUUUGUCCGGGGCACGCUGCAGAAUGAGAACGCCUACUCCGCUGACGAUUCUCAGUACACGCUGUUGAAUGGUGGUCUGGAGCUGGGCAGUGCCUUUGUCUACAAGCUACCUACAAAAAACCGCGCUCGCCUUCAAGGUUUCCAACUGCCGAACUGGGGCACAGUGAAGGGGUGGUUUGGUGUCCGGUAUAGGCAGAACAACGGACGUGAGGAGAUUGAUUUUUACAACUCCUCCUACUCGGAGUACGGCAGCGAGCUUGAGACCAAGAAAAUUGGCUUCGCAGACCGAUCUUCUUCAGGCAAUGCUUUCAAUGAAAAUGCGCCGGACGGAUCGUACCUGUGGUCCUCGAUCUUGAAUGGCGGCGACUUCAACAUGACAUGCGAAACGGGCACUUUGCUGCAGCGCAUCGUGAAGACCGAAUCAUACCAGAUCUCCUAUGAGUGCGUGCAAGUCGCUCCGCUGGGGGAGUGCAGUGACCACGAUUCCCUUCAAGAGAAUUCAGAGAAAAGGAUUACAAAGAUCGCACUGGACUGUAGUCCAGAUUUUGGUCUUCAGGCCAUCAAUGGUGAGACAGAUGCAGGAGGGAAGUGGCUACGAUUCCGCUUCCGGUGCUGCCAGCUUGGAUCGAAUCCCAUCUUGAUUGGAGGCACUGGGCAAAAGAAGGUGAAUGGUGGCGACGUGAAUCAACGGGAGGGCAUCUAUACACCCGGCGCUCUUGAUGAUUUUGACCGGCCAAAGUUCAGCCAGGCGAUGACAUUUUUACUCUCGUCGAAGCCGAGCGGGACUUUUGAGAACAAUGCCGAAACUGGUGAGUGGUGCGCCGGAACAAGCUGCAUUCCGCGUGACCAGGUCCACCCUUUGGAUGAACAGCUGGGUGGCGCGGCAUGGCAGGCGGUUGCGGUGGACGACUUCGAUGGCACCUUCGGGGCAGGUGGCAACCCGCAGGCUGCUGGCGCCAGACUUCCCAGAUCGAAACAGGAGAAGGUAAAAGCUCCGCCGAUCAGAUUCGCCGCUGAGGAUCCUGUCUAUGCACCAGAGUGCAAAGAUGAGUCGACGCCUGGAUCAGACGCCUUCGACAAAGAGGAGAUGAACAGAGUGGCUGAAGAGCUGCUAGCCUCGAACGACGAGAAUCCGUGUGCCUACGUCUACAGCACGCCCAAGGAGAAGAAGCAGAACACGGGCCUCCCACUACCCUAUAACCCGUCGUACGAGUUCGCUGUUUCCACGGUUUCAGACUGGUUCCCGACGGACUCUGACGUGUUCAAGGAUGGACAGGGCAUGGCCUGGUACAAGUGGGAUCUCAACAAGGUGGAUGAAAAAGGUGGCUCGGGCGUCACCUACAAAGAUGUCAAGGAAGUCUGA